UUUUCGGCAACAAAAUGUUAUCUCAAAUGGUUUUUAGAAAGUUCUUGCUGCUGCUUUUAGUACUUAAAAGCUCUGACUGCAAGCGCAACUGGGAAUACGAUCCGAUAUCCAUCAACGGGAUCAGUGCAGAUGAAACCAAAAUGAAGUUCGAUUUGCGCGUAGAGCGCUUGGGUCGCCACGAAAUUGGCUUUUCGGGCACCAUCGACUGGCAAUAUGAUAUCGAUAACACGACUAUGAUUGAGAUGCGGAUCUUUCGCAGUGUGAGCGGCAGCGAAAGUGACUACAAACUGCUGCCCUAUGCUGUACCCAAGAAACCUUAUCCGUCCGCAAAGCGACCAUAUGAUGAAAUUGGAUAUCCCAAUUUAUCUCGCUGUUCCAACAUACCCCGAAUCGAGGGCGACGUGCUCCAUCCAUGGCCCAGGAAUCUGUACACAUUUCAUAUGUGUGCAUUCACAGAUGGCGUCUUGCCCGAAGUAUUGGUUGAAGGUUACUACAAGACUAUAAUCAAAGUAACUGGCGAGGUCGAUUGGAGCUUGACUAUUGUCAUAAUGAUCCGCACAAGGCUAAUCUAAUCUAAGCGGAUUUUCUCUCAAUUAUAGCAAAUAUCUGGUGUGGUUUUUGGUUAGUCUUCUGCUCAAGUUUUUAACUAUGUU